UCGCGCCCAUCUCCGAGAUCCCCAGAUCCCCUCGAUCGCCUUCUCCGGCUCCCUCAAAUAAAACCCAUCUGGCCCUCCGCUUGCUUGAAUCCAACGUCUCUCGCGCGCAACUGAGCGAAGCAAGAUGGUCCAGAGGACGAAGACCGAAGGUCCUUCCCAGGCGGAGACGUUGUUGCGUGUUACCUCAGCCAUCGCCGCAGAACUCAUCAAGGCCCACGAUGCAAAUCAGACGGUCUCGCUGAACGAGCUGAGGGCAAAGAUGAGCAAGAAGUAUGGCUUCGGAGGGGUCCCGAGAUUGGUGGACAUCAUCAGUGCCAUUCCAGACGACUACAAGAAGGCGCUCCUCCCCAAACUGAAGGCACGGCCCAUCCGGACGGCGAGUGGCAUUGCAGUGGUUGCCGUCAUGUGCAAGCCGCACAGAUGUCCGCACAUUGCAAUGACCGGUAACAUCUGCGUGUACUGUCCAGGAGGUCCCGACUCGGACUUUGACUACAGUACCCAAAGUUACACAGGCUACGAGCCCACAAGUAUGAGAGCGAUCCGGGCACGGUACGACCCUUACGAGCAGACGCGAGGGCGAGUGGAACAGUUGAAGAGUUUGGGCCACAAUGUGGACAAGGUCGAGUUCAUCAUUAUGGGCGGGACCUUCAUGAGCAUGCCAGAAGAUUACAGGAACAAGUUCAUCGCACAACUACACAACGCACUGUCUGGCUUCACUGGGUUCGAUGUGGACGAGGCUGUCCGGUAUUCGGAGCAGAGCAAGUCAAAAGCCAUUGGUAUUACAAUCGAAACACGACCCGAUUACUGCCUCAGACCACAUCUCAGUCAGAUGCUUCGCUAUGGUUGCACUCGACUGGAGAUUGGUGUUCAAUCCGUGUACGAAGACGUCGCACGCGACACCAACCGCGGACACACAGUCCGCGCCGUCUCCGAGUCCUUUCACCUCGCCAAGGAUGCAGGCUUCAAGGUCGUCGCGCACAUGAUGCCAGAUCUACCCAACGUCGGUGUCGAACGCGACCUCGAACAGUUCAAGGAGUACUUCGAGAACCCUGCGUUCAGAAGCGACGGGCUGAAGAUCUACCCUACCCUUGUCAUCCGAGGCACAGGACUGUAUGAGCUGUGGCGGACGGGCAGGUAUAAGAACUACACGCCGAAUGUGCUCGUUGACGUGGUCGCACGGAUACUAGCACUCGUACCACCAUGGACGCGUGUAUACCGUGUACAGCGAGACAUCCCCCUUCCACUUGUCACAAGCGGCUGUGAAAACUCGGGGAACCUCCGCGAGCUCGCCCUCAACCGGAUGAAAGACUUCGGCGCCGAGUGCCGGGACGUGCGCUUCCGUGAAGUGGGCAUCCACGAGAUCCACCACAAGGUGCGGCCCGAGUCCGUCGAGCUCCUCCGGCGGGACUACACGGCGAACGGCGGCUGGGAGACUUUCCUCUCGUACGAGGACCCCGAGCGCGACAUCCUCAUCGGGCUGCUUCGUCUGCGCAAGUGCUCCGACGAGGGCACGUUCCGCCCGGAGCUCGUCAGACAAAAGGGAAGGGACGGCGACGAGGGUGGGUGCAGUAUCGUGCGGGAGCUCCAUGUGUAUGGCACUGCGGUGCCCGUGCAUGGACGCGACCCGACGAAGUUCCAGCACCAGGGCUUCGGGACGCUGCUCAUGGAGGAGGCGGAGCGAAUAGCGAGGGAGGAGCAUGGGAGUGUGAAGCUGGCUGUUAUCUCAGGCGUUGGUACUCGAGAUUACUACAGGCGGCUCGGGUACGAAUUGGACGGACCGUAUAUGAGCAAAUGGCUGUAACAGGGUAUCUCAUCCGGUGUAUUAGUAGGCUAC